AUGGCGCCGCUCCGGUUACGCAUUGAUGGCCAGAGAUUCCGCGACAACAAGAAUAGAGAAGUUACUCUUCGAGGUAUCAAUGCUGCCGCAGAUGCCAAAUUCCCUUCGCGACCGGACGUUCCUAAUUACAGAUCUGACAAUUUUUUCGACGGAGAUGAUUUGUCAUUCAAUGGAAGACCCUUUCCUAUAGAAGAAGCGCAUACACACUUUUCGAGAUUGAAGAGAUGGGGUUACAAUACCAUCCGCUAUAUUUUCACCUGGGAGGCUAUCGAGCAUGCGGGUCCUGGUCAGUAUGAUGAAGACUGGAUCCAGCACACGAUUGCCGUCCUCCGGCUGGCGAAGGCCUAUGGGUUCUACAUCUUCAUGGACCCGCAUCAAGACGUAUGGUCACGAUUUACGGGCGGCUCUGGCGCGCCUCUUUGGACAAUUUAUGCUUGUGGUCUGAAUCCAAGGAAAUUUCUAUCAACACAAGCUGCUUUGGUUCACAAUACAUGGCCGAACCCCGCCGAGUAUCCCAAAAUGAUCUGGGCUACAAAUUACACCCGAUUGGCAUGUCAGGUGAUCUUGACGCUAUUCUGGGGAGGCAAAGAUUUUGCGCCUAAAGCGAUUCUUGAUGGCAAGAACAUUCAAGACUAUCUCCAGGACCACUUUGUGGAUGCAUGUCACCACCUUGCACUGAGAAUAAAGCAGGCUGGAGACCUCGUGAACGAAGUUGUCAUUGGUUGGGAGAGUAUGAAUGAGCCGAACAGGGGCCUGAUAGGAUGGCAAGACAUCACAGUCAUCCCCACAGACCAGAAGUUACAGAAAGGCACUUCGCCUACUGCUUGGCAAGCGAUCCUGACAGGUUCUGGCCGAGCUUGCGAGAUUGAUACCUGGGACUUCGGAGGUCUAGGUCCGUACAAGUCCGGCUCAGAACUUGUUGACCCGAAAGGCGAUUCAGCCUGGUUACCCGCUGAUUACGACGAUUCCAGGUACGGAUGGUCAAGAGAUCCCGGGUGGAUAAUUGGAGAGUGUCUCUGGGCUCAGCACGGUGUUUGGGACCGUUCCAAUGAUCAAGUCCUGAGAGCAGACUAUUUCGCCAAGGCGGCGACUGGGAAGAAAGUCGACUAUGAGUACUUUACCAACAACUAUUUUAUGCCGUAUUACCGAAAGCAUAAAAAGGCUCUCACGAGCGUCCACAAGGAUGCCAUCAUGUUUUGUCAGCCACCGGUCUUGGAAAUACCGCCGUCACUGAAAGGUACUGAGGAUGAUGAUCCGAAUAUGGUGUAUGCUCCUCAUUAUUACGAUGGAGUAACCUUGAUGAUGAAAAAGUGGAAUCGUUAUUGGAAUGUCGACGUCUUUGGUCUUCUACGAGGUAGAUACCUUUCGCCGGCGUUCGCUAUCAAAGUAGGUGAAACCGCCAUUCGCAAUUGUUUUCGAGAUCAGCUUUCUGCAAUACGAAAGGAGGGUAUGAAAUACAUGGGCAACCAUCCGUGCAUUUUCACUGAAAUCGGUAUUCCAUAUGACAUGGACGAUAAGUAUGCCUACAAGACAGGAGAUUUUUCCAGUCAAUCAUCAGCCAUGGACGCCAAUCAUUUUGCUCUAGAAGGUUGUGGCGCUAAUGGUUAUACUUUAUGGGUCUAUAUGUGCACAAACAACCACGAAUGGGGCGAUCUUUGGAACGGUGAAGAUCUCUCUAUCUUCUCACUAGAUGACAAACCGCUUCCUCUGCAUCCACAUUCCAAUGCGGAGCAACCAGGUCCGCCAUCCCGUCCCAAUUCAAUGUUGUCCGUUGACAAGCACUCGCCUUCCUACUCGCAAAGUCAAUCCGCUGACACCUCUCCUAUUUUUCCAGAGAAUGUCAAAGCAGCUCUGAAGACGCCUUCCAUAUCGUCCGAGGCAAACCCCGGUACAUCUGCUGAGCUCGCGGAUGCACCGGGGUAUAGAGCAGCUGAAGCAUAUGUGAGACCAAGCCCUAUUGCCACAGUAGGCGAUGUGGUCAAUUAUGGAUUCGAUCUGCGCAACUGUAUUUUCACGUUCUCGCUCGAUUGUAAAGAAGCUGCAACAAACGACAGGCCCACUGAAAUAUUUAUCCCCGAAUUCCACUUUCCGCGAGACCUAGUCCAGGUCGAAGUGAGCAGCGGCAAGUGGACGAUCAGUGUAGAUGAUGCAGAUGGUGGCUGGAUACAACGAAUGAAAUGGGUACACGGCGUCGGACAGCAAAAGGUGACUAUCCGGGGAGUCCAGAGGCGUCAAGGCAUGGCUCUAGGCAAAGAAGAAGAAGAGGGUUACCUGGAGCAGUGCAGACGGUGUGUUGUGAUGUGA